UCCCUCCUGCUGCGGCCCCCCCAGGUGAGGAGCCAUGUUCCUGAGCUCUGCAGAGGAGCCCGCGGCCGAGGGCGGGGGACUGGGGCCCGGCCAGGAGGCACCCAAGAAGAAGCCCCGGCGGAACCGCACCGCCUUCACCACCCACCAGCUGUGCCAGCUGGAGCGGGCCUUCCAGGCCUCCCACUACCCCGACGUGUACAGCCGCGAGGAGCUGGCGGCCAAGGUGCACCUGCCCGAGGUGCGCGUGCAGGUGUGGUUCCAGAACCGCCGAGCUAAGUGGCGCCAGAUCGGAAGUGCGGCGGGGACGGGGGCAGCCCCGCGGCUCCCCGACGCGCCCGCUCUGCCCUUCCCCCGCCCUCCGGCCGUGCCCCUGCCCCUGGAGCCCUGGCUGGGCCCCGCGGCCCCGUCGGUGCCGGCCCUGCCCCGCCUCCUGGGCCAGGGACCCGGGCUGCAGGCGACCUUGGCGCCCCAUGCCUUCGGGCCCGCCUUCGCCGACGGCUUCGCGCUGGAGGAGGCGUCGCUGCGCCUGCUGGCCAAGGAGCACGCACAGGCGCUGGACAGGGCCUGGUCCCCCGCCUGAGCCGACCCGCGGCCUUCUUAGACGUGAGGGUGGCGGCGGCCACAGCUCUGGCCUGCCCGAGGUCU